GGGAAGGCAACUGGGCAGCACAGGCCCCGCCCCGCCGCUCCCCCACCCGUGCGCUUAUAAAGCACAGGAACCAGAGCUGGCCACUCAGUGGUUUCUUGGUGACACUAGAUAGAAGAGCUCGAGCCUUGCCACUUCGGGCUUCUCACUGCAGCUGGGCUUGGACUUUGGGGUUUUGCCAUUGCCAGUGGGACGUCUGAGACUUUCUCCUCCAAGUACUUGGCAGAUCACUCUCUUAGCAGGGUCUGCGCUUCGCAGCGGGGAUGAAGCUGGUUUCUGUCGCCCUGAUGUACCUGGGUUCGCUCGCCUUCCUAGGCGCUGAAACCGCUCGGUUGGAUGUCGCAUCGCAGUUUCGAAAGAAGUGAGUCCGGGGCAAACCCCGUCCCCGGUCCUGGUACCUGGCAGGCAAGGGGAACUGACCGUUGGUCCCGAAGGUCUAGAAGUGAAUGGGAGCAGGGACAGGCCAGGACAUCGCCUGAACGCACGCGACUCUGUCUGCUUGUGUUUUCCAGGUGGAAUAAGUGGGCUCUGAGUCGUGGGAAGAGGGAACUGCGGAUGUCCAGCAGCUACCCCACUGGGCUCGCUGACGUGAAGGCUGGGCCUGCCCAGACUCUCAUUCGGCCCCAGGACAUGAAGGGUGCCUCUCCAAGCCCCGAAGACAGCAGUCCGGAUGCCCCCCGCAUCCGAGUCAAGCGCUACCGCCAGAGCAUGAACAACUUCCAGGGCCUCCGGAGCUUUGGCUGCCGCUUCGGGACAUGCACGGUGCAGAAGCUGGCACACCAGAUCUACCAGUUCACAGAUAAGGACAAGGACAACGUCGCCCCCAGGAGCAAGAUCAGCCCCCAGGGCUACGGCCGCCGGCGCCGGCGCUCCCUGCCUGAGGCCGGCCGGGGUCGGACUCUGAUGUCUUCUAAGCCACAAGCACCUGGGGCUCCACCCCCGCCGAGUGGAAGUGCUCCCCACUUUCUUUAGGAUUCAGGUGCCCAUAGCACAACGAACAGUCGCGCAAGCAUCCCGCUGGUGCCUCCCGGGACGAAGGACUUCCCGAGCGGUGUGGGUACCGGGCUGUGACAGCCCUGCAGAGACCCCGAAUCCGGGAAGCACCUUCCGGCGGCGAUCUCUGGCUUUGCAAGGGCCCCUCCUUCUGGGGGCAUCGCUUCCUUAGCCUUGCUCAGUGCGGGUGCCCCGUGGGGGCGGGAUGCAGCAGAAUCCGAGUGAGUGUUUGCCAGGCUUAAGGAGAGGAGAAACUGAGAAAUGAAUGCUGAGACCCCCGGGGCAGGGGUCUGAGCCACAGCCGUAUUCGCCCACAAACUGAUUUCUCACGGCGUGUCACCCCACCAGGGCACAAGCCUCACUAUUACUUGAACUUUCCAAAACCUAGAGAGGAAAAGUGCAAUGUGUGUUGUACAUAUAGAGGUAACUAUCAAUAUUUAAGUUUGUUGCUGUCAAGAGUUUUUUUGUAACUUCAAAUAUAGAGAUAUUUUUGUACGUUAUAUAUUGUAUUAAGGGCAUUUUAAAAGCAAUUAUAUUGUCCUCCUCCCCCUAUUUUAAGACGUGAAUGUCUCAGUGAGGUGUAAAGUUGCUCGCUGCGUGGAAUGUGAGUGUGUUUGUGUUUGUGUGCAUGAAAGAGAAAGACUGAUUACCUCCUGUUUGGAAGAAGGAAACACCAAGUCUCUGUAUAAUCUAUUUACAUGAAAUGGGUGAUAUGCGAACAGCAAACCAAUAAACUGUCUCAAUGCUGA